AUGGCUCGCUGCUGGCCUGCGAUCAGUCUCCCGGUGAGAAACGCACUGAAGAGCAAGAUGAGGACUGCAGGGCUGCUGUUUGUUGUGGGGCUGUGUUUGCUGGAUGCGGCAUCAUCCCUCAAAAUCUGUGCUUUUAAUAUUCAGAGCUUUGGAGAAUCAAAGUCAAACAACAAGAAGGUCAUGGGGAUUCUACUGAAGAUUCUUUCUCGGUGUGACUUGUGUCUUAUUCAGGAAGUCCGAGACUCUAAAGGAGAAGUAAUACACGCUUUGGUUAAGAAUCUUAACAGAUUUGACAAAUCCAACCCCUACUCUUAUGUGGAAAGUGAAAGGCUGGGGAGGAAGACCUAUAAGGAGCAGUAUGUCUACAUUUACAGCAAUGUGCUGAAGGUCAAAGAGCAUUAUCAGUACCCUAAACUAGAAGGGAAGGGGUCCAAUGAAACUGAUGUUUUCUCCAGAGAGCCCUUCAUCGUCCGCUUUCACUCCCCUGCUACAUUGGUGAAGGAUUUUGUCCUGAUAGGGCAGCACACCAGUCCAAAAACUGCCAUGAAGGAGAUCGAUGAACUGUACACUGUCUUCAAAAGGAUAUCCAAGAAGUGGCAGACAGAUAAUGUGAUCAUCUUAGGGGACCUUAACGCCGGCUGCAGCUACAUCACCACCAAGGGAUGGAGAGCCGUGCGCUUGAGAAGUGACCCCAAAUUUCACUGGCUAAUUGGAGAUGAGCAAGACACCACCGUCAGGGAAAAGACGCACUGUGCCUACGACAGGAUCAUUGUGCACGGACCGGAGAUUAUUUCCAGCAUAAUUCCAGGUUCUGCUCAGCCCUUCAACUUUAGAGAGCAUUUCCAUCUAACCGAGGCAGAGGCUCUUGAGGUCAGCGACCAUUUUCCUGUAGAAGUUGACCUGAAAACCAACCACCGCUACUUCCUCCGCCAUGAGCUGUAA